UAAAACAAUGGUUGGUAUUUCAACAUCAAUGAACGAUAUAAUUAAGUCAUUAAAGCUUGCACAUGACACUCUUUGUAACCAUCUUUGGCAAGCCAAUCUCCCUCGGCCUCGCGUCUGCGCCGCCAGAGCUGUCACAGCCUCAACUGCGCUUAGCAAUGGCAGUCGAAGAGUCCCUCGAAAUAGCUGCUGCUGCUUCCUGCGACGACGACGACGGCCACCAGAGAAGAACCGGGACGAUAUGGACCUGCGUCGCGCACAUCAUAACGGCCGUCAUCGGCUCCGGCGUGCUCUCCCUCGCGUGGAGCACUGCCCAGCUGGGUUGGAUCGCCGGCCCUGUGUCCAUGCUCUGCUUCGCCAUCGUCACCUUCGUCUCCGCCUUCCUCCUCUCGGACUGCUACAGGUCGCCCCACCCUGUCACAGGAACCAGAAACUACUCUUACAUGGAUGCUGUCAGAGUCACUCUAGGUGAGAAGCAGACAUGGAUUUGUGGGUUCCUGCAGUACUUUAGCAUGUAUGGAACUGGGAUAGCGUACACUAUCACUACUUCGAUCAGCAUGAGGGCGAUUCAGAGGUCAGACUGUUACCAUAGAGAGGGACGCAGAGCUCCGUGCUCGUAUGGAGAUAGCUUCUACAUGCUGAUGUUUGGGGUUGUUCAGAUAGUGUUCUCCCAGAUUCCAGAUUUCCAUGACAUGGCAUGGCUCUCUGUUCUUGCAGCUAUCAUGUCCUUUGCCUACUCCUCCAUUGGAUUUGCUCUUGGCGUUGCAAAAGUGAUUGGAAAUGGAACAAUAAAGGGGGGAGUUGGAGGCAUCGGCAUGACAUCCAGGGCACAGAAAGUCUGGCGAGUUUCUGAAGCACUGGGAGACAUAGCAUUUGCCUACCCAUACUCCUUGAUUCUCUUAGAAAUAGAGGACACACUGAGGUCACCACCACCAGAGAACCAGACGAUGAAGAAAGCUUCAAUGAUCUCCAUCUUCAUCACCACCUUCUUCUACCUCUGCUGCGGGUGCUUCGGCUAUGCUGCCUUCGGAGAUGGCACGCCGGGAAACCUCUUGACGGGGUUCGGCUUCUACGAACCAUACUGGCUUAUCGAUUUCGCCAACGCUUGUAUUGUCCUCCAUCUAGUGGGAGGCUAUCAGGUCUACAGCCAGCCAGUGUUUUCCUUUGCAGACAGAUGGGUUGCAGGGAAGUUUCCUAACAGCAGAUUUGUCAACGAGUUCUACAUGAUCCAGUUGCCAUUCUUACCACCAUACAGAUUGAAUCUAUUCAGGCUGUGCUUUAGAACAGCUUAUGUCGCAACUACCACAGGGCUUGCCAUGGUCUUUCCCUACUUCAACCAGGUCCUGGGAGUGUUGGGAUCCCUCAACUUCUGGCCCCUGGCCAUCUACUUCCCCGUGGAGAUGUACUUUGCACAGAAGAAGAUAGGACGUUGGACAAAGAAAUGGAUGGUUCUAAGGGUCUUCAGUGCUGGAUGCUUGCUCGUGAGCUUGCUUGCUUUGAUUGGAUCAGUUGAAGGGCUUGUGAGUGAGAAGCUGGGAUGAGUUCAUUGUCCCUCCAAGUGAAAGAUAGGAUUGAUGAUAUAAAUGAUGCCUUGCAAGUGAAAUCUAUAUUUUUCUCAUCAA